AUGAUUCGCAAUGACCUAGAGGCCUGUUUUUCUGGCCUCUCCUAUUCUGAGAUCGAUCAAUUCCCUUCUGUCCAACACUCGAGAUGUCUUUGCCUCCUCUUUCAGCAGUGCUGGGAUUCCGCCCGCGUCUACUCUACCAACGAAAUCGACCGAGCUUCCCUCCCACCUAUAGACCAAGACCUCAUUUCCGCCUGGAUCAAAGCUGAUCUCGCACAAUCCGAAGCUCGAUUUCGCGCAAGCGUUGCCGCACGCAAUGACGCCCUAGACGCGUCGCGCGUGGCAGAGGGACUAUCCACCGUCGCAGAAUCCGAACGAGCAUUCGCGGUAGAGAUGGAGCUUGGGGAUUACGAUAUGAGCACACAAAAGGAUAUGUUUGAUGUCGCGAGCGCAAUGUAUACGACGGGUGUGGAGGCGUGGGAAUUCGUAGUCUUUAAGACCUGGGGAUGCAAAGAGGGAGAGCGCGAGAGGUGGGACAUAUUUUGGAGACGCUGGAAGGAUGUCAUGGACUAUAGGUUGAGGGACAUGGGGGCAGUGGGUGACUUGGAGGAGGGAAUAGCAGGCGAGUUGGUGUGGUGGUUAGUGGAGGAUGAGAGUAUGGAUGGGAAGCCAUUUCAGGAGGUACGCGAUUGCUUUACAGAGUUGGUUAAGGAGGCAGAGGAGCAUAUACCCCUUGGACUGGAUCUGGAUCUCGCAUUGUUCGUUGAUAAAGAAUCCGCCGAAACUUUGCUAGAUUGCGAGGAAGGGUCCAGUGCUUUGCGUUCUCCAGAUGAUGACGGUGUUUUCGUGUGGGGAGUGGACGGUAACUACGAUGCAGAUGAUGAUAGAAAUGGAGGCGACGAAUAUCCGGGAUACUUCAAGAUCUCGACAACUGUUUUGAUUUCAGGACUAUGGCACACUUUGAAUGCCCAAACGCCAGACGAGCUUUAUCCUGGAGAUGGACAGAUUUCCAAGGGCAUCUGA